GAGAGGGAAGAAUCAGCUGGCUCCUGGAGAUAGACCUGAGCACACAGAGCCUCCCCACACCUUCAGAUCGGCACCUUGCUGCCCAGGAGCCUCCUCCAGCUAACCUUCCUUCCCAGUCCGCUAUGGCCACUUCCAGUAGCAGCGCAGGCAUCCGGUGGUCCAGACAGGAGACACGGACGCUUCUCUCCAUACUAGGUGAGGCAGAGUAUAUUCAGCGCCUCCAGACCGUGCAUCACAAUGCAGACGUCUACCAGGCUGUGUCUAAGCGGAUGCAGCAGGAAGGCUUCCGCCGCACCGAGCGUCAGUGCCGCUCCAAGUUCAAAGUCCUGAAGGCAUUAUAUUUAAAGGCCUAUGUGGCCCACGCCACAAGUAUGGGUGAUCCACCACACUGUCCCUUUUAUGAUACGUUGGAUCAGCUUCUCCGCAAUCAGAUAGUGACUGACGCAGACAACUUAACGGAGGAGGCUGCGUGGGCCCAGCACUGUGAUCAGAGCUUAGCAGCCCCCGACACCCCAGGGGAAGAGGGAGCCAGCGUUCUGGGAGCAGAAAGGACUCAGGCAGCAGAUCACCAGCCCACCUUGAAAACAGUUAAGGAAUCAGAUGAGGAUUGUCAACUGAGGAUCAGUGACCAGAUGCGAGAAACCAGUGACCUUGAGGACUCCUGGGAUGAAUCCUCGGGUGCAGGGUGCUCUCAAGGGACCCCCAGCUACAGCAGCUCCCACCACCUUUUCAGAGGUGCAGCUGCUCCCUGUCAGAGCAGCCCCGUGACCAGACUGGGGGUGUCCGGUGAGCCCAGCCCCUGCACCAGCUCCGUCCGAAACACUCCCGGGGUGGCCUCGGCACAGCAGCCUCUGGUCUCCUCCUCCAGGGUUCCUUUGGUUUCUGGUGGGGAUGGGCCUUUGACCAGUGAGCCUCCUCCCAGGUGGGCAAGGCGAAGAAGGCGGUCCGUGGCCAGGACUAUCGCAGCCGAGUUGGCAGAAAACAGGAGAUUGGCACGAGAACUUUCAAAGCGGGAGGAGGAAAAAUUGGACCGGCUGAUUGCCAUCGGCGAGGAGGCCAGCGCUCAGCAGGACGCUGCCAACGAGCUGCGCAGGGAUGCGGUGGUCGCCGUCAGACGCUUGGCCACAGCGGUGGAAGAGGCGACCGGCGCUUUCCAGCUGGGGCUUGAAAAGUUGCUUCAGAGCUCUGAUGAUCCACAGGCUCAGAAAUACCUCAGGGAUAGUAAAUGUUUAGUCGUUGAAAAAAAUGGGAAAUUACGAUAUGAAAUAGAUACUGGAGAAGAAAAGAAAUUUGUCAGCCCAGAAGAUGUUGCCAGACUGAUAUUUAGUAAAAUGAAAGAAACAGCACAUUUUUUCUUGGGCUCAGAUGCAAAUGAUGUAGUUAUUACUGUUCCAUUUGAUUUUGGAGAAAAACAAAAAAAUGCUCUUGGGGAAGCAGCGAGAGCUGCUGGGUUCAAUGUUUUGCGGUUAAUCCACGAACCAUCUGCAGCUCUUUUGGCUUACGGAAUUGGACAAGACUCCCCCACUGGAAAAAGCAACGUUUUGGUAUUCAAACUUGGAGGAACAUCCUUAUCUAUCAGUGUCAUGGAAGUUAACAGUGGAAUAUAUCGUGUUCUUUCAACAAACACUGAUAAUAACAUUGGAGGUACACAUUUCACAGAAACCUUAGCACAGUACCUAGCUUCUGAGUUUCAGAGAUCCUUCAAACAUGACGUGAGAGGAAAUGCCCGUGCCAUGGUGAAACUGAUGAACAGUGCUGACACUGCAAAACAUUCUUUGUCAACCUUGGGAAGUGCCAAUUGUUUCCUUGACUCAUUGUAUGAAGGUCAAGAUUUUGACUGCAAUGUGUCCAGAGCAAGAUUUGAACUUCUCUGUUCUCCACUUUUUAAUAAAUGUAUAGAAGCAAUCAGAGAACUCUUAGAACAAAGUGGAUUUACAGCAGAUGAUAUCAACAAGGUUGUCCUUUGUGGAGGGUCUUCUCGAAUCCCAAGGCUACAGCAGAUGAUUAAAGAUCUUUUCCCAGCUGUUGAGCUUCUCAAUUCUAUCCCUCCUGAUGAAGUUAUCCCUAUUGGUGCAGCUAUGGAAGCAGGAAUCCUUAUUGGGAAAGAAAACCUUUUAGUGGAGGACACUCUUAAGAUAGAGUGUUCAGCCAAAGAUAUUUUAGUUAAGGGAGUGGAUGAAUCAGGAGCCAACAGUUUCAAAGUACUAUUUCCGUCAGGGACUCCUUUGCCAGCUCGAAGACAACACACAUUACAGGCUCCUGGAAGUAUAUCCUCAGUGUGUCUUGAACUCUAUGAGUCUGAGGGGAAAAACUCUGCAAAAGAGGAAAACAAGUUUGCACAGGUUGUACUCCAGGAUUUAGAUAAAAAAGAAAAUGGAUUACGUGACAUAUUAGCUGUUCUUACUAUGAAAAGGGAUGGAUCUUUACACGUGACAUGCACGGAUCAAGAGACCGGAAAAUGUGAGGCAAUCACUAUUGAGGUGGCAUCUUAGUGUUUUAGAGAAACCACGAAUUUUUUAGAACUAAAAUAUCAACAUUAUUUGUUUUGUUUAUAAAUGAUGUUUAUAUUAAAAUACUUUUUUGAAUGAA